AUGUGCAUAAACAUAUUGUGUUCAAUGCGCUGUAUGAUACCUCGAUCUCUCUGGCCGGCGUUUUGGGAUGGACCUGGGGGGUUUUCAUGGUCUGAUCAUUGGAUGGGCAUAGUUUCUCUUUUACUACUGGCAGGAAAAGUGCAAUGUAAUUGCUUGUUGAGUUUGACUACUGCUCCCUCGCUGUCGAAUGUGAUCUGCCAUCCAUCCAAUGCUCCAACUACCUAUACUUUGCUUUCUACGUGGCGAUAUUUCUGA